AGGGUUGGCUCAAGCUCCGAGCAGGGCAGCGCUGCGAGAAUGGCAGGUCGUGGCGUCGCAGUUCGAGGCGAUGGCCCUUCACCAAGAGGCCCGAAAUAGGCAAUGAGUGCGACAAUUGGUUCGUCCAAGAGUUUCUUGGAAAAUUGCCAAGUGGCCAUAUUAGCGAUGGGCCUCCAAACUAGUAAGCGAUGGCCUCCGCCCUAAGAGCUUCUUUGUUAUAUAUUCUGGAAAUACACAGAAAAGUGUUGCAAAUGUUUGAACAUCAAAAACGUUGGUUCUCAAAUCUUGAGGACGCAUUUGUGGGUCUUCGCCAAACCCUUGUGGAGAUGGUGCAUGACUCUUUGCAGCACAAACCUGAAGGGGUAGCUGACGAAGAGUAUUUCCGGGAGCUGGAGCCGCUUCUCAACCACCUGGCCUCGGAUUGUCUUCGCAGCCAAGCUGAUCCAAAUUCCUUUGUGCGAGAAUGGGUGAAAACCAAAGACAACCAGGAGGCCAUGGCUCGGGUCUCGCCUUUUGGACUCUUGGCCAUGCAGACUUGGCAAAAGGCACGGGAGACUGAUGAGAAGCAACAAAACGUCCAUGGUCUGAAAGGUGUUUCUGCCUUGCAGCACCUUGGUAAGGUUCUUCGGGCACUUCGACAUGAAGGAAUUACGAGCGCAUCUGCCGCCUUCCUGUACUUUAACCCGGAAGAGGAAUCAGCCACUUUCGUAUUGCUUGUGUUUGAGAAACCAAAGUAGGUGUGAAGCCAAACGUUUUGAUUGGCUUUUCCGGUUUGUAUUUGCAAUAUUCUGCAAAAUCCGAGUGCAGAUCUUUAUGUGGAGGACGGAGGACCUCUUUUCAUGUGGCAGUAUUUGACAUCAAAGAGAAAGCUAUCGAAGGAUAGGAGAGUCUCCAGCAAUCCAAAAGUUCAACGUUUCGCAAGCACCGAAAAAACAACGACUCGUCGACUCAUACUCGUCCGACCCCAUGAUCAAUCAUGAUCCUCUUUCGCAA